GGCUUGUCUGUUGUGCGCUGAGUCGGACCAAGAGCUUUAGCUGAGAUCAGUUUGUAGCAGGUAGAAACAGUAAGGAGCUUUAAGAAAGGGAGUCAAUCCAGAGGUCAGCUUUUAUUUUGCGAAAAAGAAGAGCUCUGUACGGUGAAACAAUGCAGAAUAACGCGAGCUGUGUUAAGUGAAAAGAUUUAAAGUUAUUUUGCUGUACUUUUAUAUAAUUUACCAUUAUUGCCAUUAGAAUAUUUCUAAAUAUUGAAAGUGAGCUUGAUACAAGUUGUUCGUAGUGAAUGAAAGGCAGUCAAAGGCUGGAGUUUGGGUAGUCAUUGGAAAGUUCACAGUGGAAAGUUUUUUUUUAAGUUUCAAGGCGUCGGCAUGGCUUUUGCUAAAUUCAGCAAAAUACUUCGACUGUCUAAUAACGAUAAAAAGAAAGCAAAGCAAUAUGAGCACGUUCGCCGGGACAUAAAUCCUAAUGAUAUUUGGGAAAUCGUGGGAGAACUCGGCGAUGGAGCUUUUGGGAAAGUUUACAAGGCCAAGAACAAGGAGACGGGGGUGCUGGCUGCCGCCAAGGUGAUCGAUACCAAUAACGAGGAUGAACUGGAGGACUACAUGGUAGAAAUCGACAUCCUGGCGUCCUGCGAUCACCGGUACAUCGUCAAGCUGCUGGACGCCUUCUACCACGAUAACAAGCUAUGGAUCAUGAUAGAGUUCUGUCCCGGGGGAGCUGCGGAUGCCAUCAUGUUAGAGCUGGACCGGGGGCUUACGGAGCCUCAGAUCCAGGUGAUCUGCUGGCAGAUGCUGGAGGCCCUGGACUAUCUGCACGGCAUGAAGAUCAUCCACCGAGACCUGAAGGCCGGAAACAUCCUGCUCACCCUGGAGGGGGACAUCAGGCUCGCGGAUUUCGGGGUGUCGGCGAAAAACACCAAAACUUUGCAAAGAAGAGAUUCAUUCAUAGGAACGCCAUACUGGAUGGCACCUGAGGUGGUGAUGUGUGAGACGAUGAAGGAUUCCCCGUACGACUACAAGGCGGACAUCUGGUCGCUGGGCAUCACGCUGAUUGAGCUGGCGCAGAUUGAGCCCCCCCACCAUGAGCUGAACCCCAUGAGAGUCCUGCUGAAGAUCGCCAAGUCUGACCCGCCCAUGCUGGAGCAGCCGACCAAAUGGUCACAGGAAUUCAAGGAUUUCCUGAGAAAGUCUUUAGAAAAGAACCCAGAGAGUCGGCCCACUGCAGCCCAACUGCUUCAGCACCCCUUCGUGUCCCCGGUGAAGACCAACCGGCCGUUGCGUGACCUGGUCGCCGAAGCGAAGGCAGAAGUCAUGGAGGAAAUCGAAGACGACAGGGAGGAGGCCGAGGAUGACGACCCGGCGGAGGUCACCCCUGCUCCUUGCAAAGAUCCUUCGGAAACCAGUCAAACCAGUCUGGAGGGUGACCGCACCGCUGGCGUGCCCGUCAAGCUGCCAGAGGACGGGACGAAGGCCCCGGACCUGAGCGACCUGCCUAACAAGCUGGAGAAUGGCCUCCCCGAUGAGGAGGUCGGGAGCGGAGACCCCGACAAACCCGAGAGCGACUCCUCGGAGAAGACCGCCAACUCCGACUCGGGGAUCGAGGACGGGAAGAGCACCCCAACAUCUGAGGAGGGCAAAUUGGUAGUGCUGCCCGAAGCGGAGCUACCGUCCUCGCCAUCGCCCCCUGCAGGAGGCAAGGAAGAGUUGCAUGAUACACAGCGCCCUCUUGACCAUCCUCAGGCCUACGAGGUCCAACCUCAUCCCGAGCAGGUCCGGAACUCGGGGGGCAGCGGGAUCCUGGAGUACUUGGAUAACAGGCGCAUGCGAGGCAGCAGCAGCGGCUCCAAGCGCUACUCGGACACGGGCAGCCUGUGUGAGAAUAUGGACAUGAACCUCAACCUCUCGGGGGACAUUUGCGUUAACAAGGAGAGCGGCUCCAUAUCUAUCAAGAACGGAUUCUCCAGCAAGACUCUGAAACGCACCAGGAAGUUUUUGAUCGACGGCGUGGAGGUCAGCGUGACCACAUCUAAGAUCAUCGGCGACGAUGAAAAGAAAGAUGAAGAGAUGCGAUUCCUCAGGCGUCAAGAACUGAGAGAGCUGCGCUUCCUACAGAAGGAGGAGCACCGUGCUCAGACCCAGCUGAAUGCCAAGCUGCACAUGCAGCGAGAACAGCUGCAGCGUCGCCUUGACCAGGAGAUGCAUGCCAGGAAAAAGUUCUACGACACAGAGCUGGAAAACCUAGAGAGACACCAGAAGCAGACCAUCGAGAAGAUGGAGACGGACCACACGGUGCGUCUGCGGGACGAGACCAAGCGUAUCCGGGGCGAGCAGGACAAGGAGCUGAGCAAGUUCCACGAGCAAGUCAAGCAGAGGAAGAAGGAGGUGAAGCAUGAGGUGGAAAAGCUGCCUCGAAACCAGCGAAAGGAUAGCAUGAAGCAGCGCAUGGCCGAGUUCCAGUACGCGAAGGAGACGGAGGAGGAGGAGUUCUUCGCUGGCCAGAAGAACUACCUGGACACCCAGCUGAAGAGCAUCAUCGUCGAAAACAAGCGGGAGACCUGCGAGAUGGAGCGGCAGUGUCUGGACAAGAAGCAAAACCUCCUCCGAGAUAGGGAAGGAAUCCUCUGGGAAAUGGAGGAACAGAACAUGCAGGAGACAUUUCAGCUGGCUAAGCAGCAGCUUAAGGACCAGUACUUCCUCCAAAGGCACCAGUUACUCAAGAAGCAUGAGAAGGAGCUGGAGCAGAUGCAGUGCUACAACCAUCGCAUGGUGGAGCGCCUGAAAGCCCGGCAGCAGCAGGAGAAGGCCCGUCUGCCCAAGAUCCAGAGGAGCGAGGGCAAGACUCGCAUGACCAUGUACAAGAAGAGCCUGCGCAUCGCCCACAGCGGCAACGCCGCCGAGGACCGCGAGAAGAUCAAGCAGUUUUCCCAGCAGGAGGACAAGCGGCAGAAAGCGGAAAGGCUCCACCAGCAGCAAAAGCAUGAGAACCAGAUGCGCGAGAUGUUGGAAGAGUGUGACAGCAACGUGAGGGAGCUACAGCAGCUUCAGAAUGAGAAGUGCCACCUGCUGGUGGAGAACGAGACGAUGAAGCUGAAGGACUUCGAGGACAAACAUAACCAGUAUCUGAGGGAAUGGAAGGAGCAGCUCAAGUUCAGGAAGAUGGACCUGGAGGAAGAGCUGAAUAGGAAGAAGAGGGAACAGGAGCUGUUUUUUAAGACGAGCAUGGACUCUGAAUGCGACAAUCCCAGCUUGCCCACCAAAAUCGCCAAGUUCCUGCCGUACUCCGAGUGCUCUAACACGUAACAGGCCUGGAGCGGUUCGCUGUCACCCUGAGGACCGCUGCGUGAUACAAGGCACAAACAGCCAAGCCGUCAUUGGCCGAAGCGAUGAUUCCCUUUUAAAGAGUUUUUAAUAUUUAUAUUUAUAUAUGUCUGUAUGUUAAGCUUAUUUUAAUUUGCUUUAACGAGUGAUUCUCUUGUUCAUCCGGAAAAUAUCGGGUCAUCGAAGUUUUAGGUUUUUGUUUUUACUUUACAGUGCAUGAACUCUUUCAACGCUGUUUAGGAGGAAGCUUAUUUUAUGUUUUUAAUUUUUUUUUUUUAAUUCAGAGAACACUUAUUCUGUCCAUCCUUUUUGACCUUGAGUCUUGAAAUAGGUGCGAUCAUUUUCAUGACGAGGGGAUCAUAUUAUCGUUUAUGUAUUUGUUAUAUUGCGAUUUCUUCUUGCAUAACAGCCCACCCUGUCAGACCAGCUCACGGAGGAACCUGCAGGAUGUGACCAAAAGUAUCGUGUGUGGUACAGGGACCAAAGUGGGGAAAAUCUCCCUCAAGGCUUAGUUUUGUGGGCGAUUUAUGGAUGCCCUCUUGCAAGCUUUACCCAAUUUGCCUUUUUAUUUCUAAAAAAAUCGGUGUUUCUCCACUGAGUGCAUCACUGUAAAUGCGCCUGUUAUGUGCCUUAGUUUGAAAGUCUGUACACAAAAAUGUUCUGAGGGCUGAAUGAAAAAUGAUUGGUUCAGAGAAAUAACCUAAAGGAGGCGGGGCCAGCCAAUCAGAUUUCUUGGUCCCGCCUCCUCUAGUUUCUUGGACCCACCUCCACAAUCUGAUUUAGAGAGAGAACCAAUUAGUCAUUUCUUGUUCUGCCCUCAGCACAUUUUUCUGUAAGUAAAACUCUUAUCCAGUUCAUGAGUGUGAUGGGAGGGUCAUAGCCAAAUAUAGUAAUGCAAAAAAAACCAUAGAGGGAACCUUUUUCUUAAAAUAAGUAACCCACAAAGAGAGUUUUGUUUACAUGUUCAAAGUCAUCGAAUCAGUAUCUGCGGAUUUUCCCAAAACGUGCACCGUAGAAUGUUUUAUUUGUUUAAAAGUUUUGCACUGCAAAUAUUAACAACAGAGCCGUCGGUUACACGUCUAUAAAUUUAAAAUAAUUCCGCUUUGUAUGCUGGUUAAACAACUCUAGUAUUGCUUUUUCCAGCUACAAGCAGGUCAUUUGCACACUGACACUGAAGCAAGUUUCGUUUAAUUUCACCAGUUUCUAUAUAUACUCAUAGCUAAUUUUUCCACCAAGGAAUGUUCCCCCCCUCGUGAUAAUUAAGGAAUAAAUCUUUAUAAUCAUCUUGAGAAUGCUCGAUAAAAUAUAUUAAUAUAUCUGCCAUGUAAUAGGGAUCUUACUGUAACGGACUUUGAACACUGGAUUGGUGUAUUGGUGGAUUGGCAUUGUAAAACUACCCACAGGAGCCAAGUUUGAUACUGUUAAAUAUGACUUAGGGUAUUUAAAUACAAAUAAAGUUUAUUUGAAGGACAUUUAGGAUUAUAUUCACAAUUGAUUUGUGUAUUUUUAAGUUAAUUGAUAUUUUAUUGUAUUAUUGCACUGCCAAAUAACAGAAGUGCAAUUUGCUGUUUUUUUUGGUAAUAAAUAAAAAUUCUUUCAGUAACUCGGU